AUGUUGUUUGCUGACCUACUGGCCAUCAUUGGAGGAAUGACUGUGACUUUCUACCUUCUGAAAAUCACUUGGAGAUGUUGGUGUGGAUUUAGAGAGUUUGUUUUAUCAUCAAAAUGGCAAGUGGACUUGAGAACAUACGGACAAUGGGCAGUUGUCACCGGUGCCACAUCUGGUAUUGGUAAAGCUUAUGCCACUGAGCUGGCACGAAGAGGCCUGGAUAUUGUUUUAAUAAGCAGAUGUGAUAACAAGCUUCAAACUGUUGCCAGAGAAAUCGAGGGUGUGUAUGGAAGAAAGACUCAGACCAUCCCAGUGGACUUCACACAUGGCUACAGUAUCUACACUGCCAUAGCCAAGGAACUACAAGGCCUGCAGAUUGGAAUUCUGGUUAACAAUGUGGGAAUGACCAGUACUGACUGUUUUGCCUAUUUCCUGGAAAUACCGGAUGCUGAACAGAAAAUCACUCAAGUGAUCAACUGUAACAUACUGUCAGUCCCUCAGAUGACCAGACUGGUUCUCCCAGACAUGGUUAAAAGAGGAAAGGGGCUGAUCAUCAACAUCUCGUCUAUGACAGGUGUCCAUCCACAGCCUUUGUUGACGCUUUACUCUGCCUCCAAGACUUUCGUAACAUACUUCUCUCAGUGUCUCCAUGCAGAGUACAAGUCAAAGGGAAUUACUGUCCAGUGUGUGGCUCCCUUCCUGGUGUCCACCAACAUGACAAAAAAUGUGAAAGUGAACAGCUUCAUGAAGAGCGCUACAGCGUUUGCUCGUGAGGCUUUGAACACCGUGGGUCACUCCAGCUGCACCACUGGCUGUCUAUCACACGCAGUCCAGAAUGCGCUUCUUACAAUGCUCUUGCCGGACUGUCUUCGGAUGUCGACAUUCCUCAUUAGGAAACUACGAAGCUCAUGCAAGAAAAACGAUUGGACCGGUGAAAACAGGGAGUAG